CUUUAAGGAAUACUCAGCUUCGCUCGCCUAAAUAUUUUCAAAAUCGCGCCUCUUCCUUUUUGUGUGUUUCUUCGGACACAAAUCUAACUCUCUUUGCUGUCGUUGGAGCUUCCAUGGAGUUAGUUUCCUUCCUUGGCAGAGCUCUCUUCGUUUCCGUCUUUCUUCUCUCCGCCUGGCAAGAGUUCAAUGAUUUUGGCAAUGAUGGAGGACGAGCAGCUAAAUCUCUAAGACCAAAGUUCAAUGCUUUUGUUAGUCACGUGACGACUCAUACUGGUCAGCAAUUGCCACCAGUCGAUAUGAAGCUUCUUGUUGCUGCUGCUAUAGCCUUAAAGGGUAUUGGUGGACUUUUGUUCGUUUUUGGCAGCUCCUUGGGAGCCUAUCUCCUGCUUCUUCAUCAAGCUGUUGCUACACCAAUUCUUUACGAUUUCUACAACUACGAUGUUGAGAGAAAGGAGUUUAGCCAACUGUUUUCCAAGUUUACUCAGAGUCUUGCACUCGUUGGGGCACUCCUCUUCUUUAUUGGAAUGAAGAACUCGAGGAGGCAUCGUAGGCAACUCCGGAAGAAGACUCCAAAAGCUAAAGCAAACUGAAGAUAGAGGAAAAAUGUUUUCAUCGUGUUUUUUUUUUCCAGCUUUUGUAGCAUAAGCGGGUGUGUAUUUUUGUUUUGGUAUCCAGACAUGGGUUUAGAGAUGGUAUGCGAUGAGGCAAAAUCUUUGCAAAUCAUUUUGCUUUUCUCUAUAGACGCUUUUUCACACUUCCGGUUCUCUUAGAGAGAGAUACCAUUUACAUUUAGACUAAAUUACUAUGUGACUGAUGCUUUUGGUUGUGGAACUGCCAUCAGCUCAACAACCUCAUCAAAACCCAUUCACUUUCUGAAAAUUCUCUGCACAGUUC